AUGGAAAGCGGUCCAGUGGAAAUGUGUCAGGAAGCGUGUUGUUAUAAGUUAUCUGGCAAUUCACUUGUUUUUUCUAUAAAUUACCGACCUGAUUUCACUGCAUCUUGAAAACAAACUAUUUCGGUUUACUAAGAUUACUCUUUGUUUACAUAUUCCCCAACAUGGUGGUCACUGUUGAUAGAAGAGAUGCUCAGCUAGCCAACAACUAGCCAACCUCUGGAGUACAUUAGUGAACUUCACUAAACUUAUUUUUUCUCAUAAGGAUUAAAAAACGUCAUGGGAUUCUAGACAAAAGAACACCAACAUGGGGAUUGACUUCAAGCUGAAACUGAGAGUUGAACAGUAUUUGAAAUCCAAGAAGAGUGAAUACGUGGACCUUAGUGCAUUGGCUACGGAUCUUCAGAAAUUGUAUAGAUUUGACUAUGGACGAAGGAAUAGAACAGCCUUCCGAAUUCAAGUGGAGAAAAUCUAUGAUGUGAUAAUCAAAGAAUCGGACGACACAUCUCUGGAGGACAAACAUCUAGCAAAACGGGCCAGACUGAAAGAUGACGAAGGGGAUGCCAGCACAGUGACAGAUGACACUACUGAUAGUGACGAUGACAUUGAACACCAGCACACAAAUCACAUGAACAACUCUCUAAUGUCGCUGUACCGCAAGGGAAUCCCUGAGGAGAACGCGGCAGCCUCCAAAAGCCAGCCACAGAGCCCUGCUCGUCCUCUGACAAAAGACCAACCCACAGGGGGCGCCAGUAGCAGCACAUCCACACCUGCUCGGCCCCCAGGGGGCGCCAGUGGCACAUCCACACCCCAAGGCCAAGGCCAAGGCACUGUGGUGUCUGGGGGAGGCUGGUUUAUUGACAAGAAGGGAGGCAGAGAGGCAGACAAUAUCCUUAUCGACUUGUGUGAUGAGGAGCCUAGCAGUCCAUCCACCAAUAAACAAACGGAUGUGUCCAUGCUGGAGGCGGAGAAGAAGAAAAAGGGUGGAUCAAAGAAAUUAAAAAGAAGAAAGCAAGAACGAUCCCAAGGAGAUGAUGCGGACAUAGAGGCUCAGAUAUUGGCCAAAAAAGAAAAGACCAAGGCCCUGGAGCUGCAGCAUUCUACUGUGAAGUUUGAGGAUGUGGGCGGUAAUGAGGAGACUUUAACGGAAGUGUGUAAGCUGCUGAUCCACAUGCGUCACCCGGAGGUGUACCAGCAGCUGGGGGUGGUGCCCCCAAGAGGCUUCCUCCUGCAUGGACCUCCAGGCUGCGGGAAGACCCUGCUGGCACAGGCUGUGGCUGGGGAGACGGAGUUGCCCAUGCUGAAGGUGUCUGCUCCUGAGCUGGUGUCGGGCGUCUCGGGGGAGUCGGAGCAGAAGCUGCGGGAGCUGUUUGAAUUAGCUGUGAAGAGUGCCCCGUGCAUCUUGUUCAUCGAUGAGAUCGACGCCAUCACUCCGAAGAGGGAGGUGGCCUCUAAAGAUAUGGAGAGGAGGAUCGUGGCCCAGCUGCUCACCUGCAUGGAUGACCUCAAUUCUCUGAGCACUCCUGCGCAGGUGCUAGUCAUUGGAGCCACAAAUCGUCCGGACUCCUUAGACCCCGCCCUGCGGCGCGCGGGCCGGUUCGACAGAGAGAUCUGCUUGGGCAUCCCAGACGAGGCCGCGCGCCUCAGGAUCCUGAAGACGUUGUGUCGUAAGCUGCGGCUGCCGGAGGACUUCAACUACCAGCAGCUGGCGCGUCUGACGCCGGGCUACGUGGGUGCCGACCUGAUGGCCCUGUGUCGAGAGGCCGCCAUGAGCGCCGUCAACCGUGUCCUGCUGGAGCACCAGGAAACAAGCCUGGCGGCCUCCGCCACGGCAAAUGCCAUAGUAACGGCCGCCAUAGCAACAGCAACAGCCACUGAAGGGGCAGACGACCCCGCCGUGCCAGCCACAGACUCAGCUGAUGAUCAGCAGCAGGCUGGAGACCUGGAGGGUGAGGGACCAAUCAGCAGCAGCGCUGUGGAAGACCCGGAUGAGGUCAGCCAAUGCCAGCCAAUGGAGACCCAGACGUCAACAGACACCAGCACAGCUGUAUGUGAACAGCAGGGGGAGCUGCAGCAGCUGCUGUGGCUGCUGAAGAGCAGCGAGUCUGUAUCGGAGGAGCAGCUGCGGGACCUGUGCAUCCUCAUGUCCGACUUCCAGUCCUCGCUGGCCAGCGUGCAGCCCUCGGCCAAGAGAGAGGGCUUCGCCACCGUGCCGGACGUCACCUGGGACGACGUGGGCGCACUGCAGGACAUCCGAGAGGAGCUGACUAUGGCCAUCCUCGCUCCUGUGCGCAACCCGGAGCAGUUCCGAGCUCUGGGUCUUAGUGCCCCGGCUGGAGUGCUGCUGGCGGGUCCACCAGGCUGUGGAAAGACCCUGUUGGCAAAGGCGGUGGCCAAUGAGUCCGGACUCAAUUUCAUCUCUGUCAAGGGUCCCGAGCUGCUGAACAUGUAUGUUGGUGAGAGUGAGCGGGCCGUGCGGCAGGUGUUCCAGAGGGGUCGUAACUCCGCCCCCUGCGUCAUCUUCUUUGAUGAGAUAGACGCCCUUUGUCCCCGCCGCUCAGGGCACGAGUCUGGGGCUAGUGUGCGUGUGGUGAACCAGCUCCUGACGGAGAUGGACGGUCUGGAGACCCGCCGGCAAGUCUUCAUCAUGGCUGCAACCAACCGACCAGAUAUAAUAGACCCUGCUGUGCUGAGGCCGGGUCGGCUGGAUAAAACCCUGUACGUGGGCCUUCCUCCCCCCAAGGACCGCCACGCCAUCCUCAUCACCAUCACCAAGAGCGGCACCAAGCCGCGGCUGGAGGCAGACGUAAACCUUGAGGAGGUAGCGCACGACCAGCGCUGUGACUGCUUCACGGGGGCUGACCUGUCUGCUCUGGUGAGAGAGGCGUCUGUGAAUGCCCUGAGAGCCCACCUGUAUUCCCGCUCGACCGCCAGCCACACAGGAGUAGGAGGUCACUGCUUUUCCUCUCGCCCUGUCGAAGACAUCCGUGUCAGUCGGCAGAACUUUGAAGACGCUUUUAAAAAAGUGCGUCCAUCCGUGUCGAAAAAGGACCAGGUCAUGUAUGAAAAAUUGAAAGAAUCCCUGAGCAGAUGAGGAACUGGCACAUCUCCCCAGGGCUGGACUGGCCAUUUGGCAUACCGGGCAAUUUCCAGUGGGCCCUGCACCCUCGUGGGCCCGUUUUCAGUUUUCAGGGUUUUUUUUACAUUUUAUCAUUAUUUUUAACGUUUCUGAUAAUAGGGGCCCGCGAGGGUGCAAGCCCACCGGUGAGACAGUUCUGUGCCGCUAAUUGUGAGGGGGGACCCGGGCCCUAUUUCUCCACCAGGCCAGCCCUGCAUCUCUUGGACGCAAAACAGUCAAUGAAUUGUAACAAUUUUUUAACUAGAAAAAAAACUGUUGCCAUCAUGUCUACCUUGUCAAACAUUUUUUUAUUGUAAAGCUCCUUUGAAAAGUUAAGUAGGAAGUAAAUGUCUGAUCCAAAAAAAAGUGCUUUCCAUAUUUUCAUAGAGCCCUGCAAUAAAUCAUUUUCCUAUGUA